GACUUGUAUGUUUCAUUCAUGAAUAAAGCGCUAAACGAUGACUUACGUUGCACGGGUAUUUUGUGUGAGAAUGAACUGAAUUGCAAGUUUGAAGUAAUUUCCGAAGACAUUUAAAAAAAAACAACAAAAAACUGGAAUUUAUCGAAAUCAAAAGAGGCAACAACAAUGUUGAUGUCAAACAAAUGAAAGAUAUUAAAUAUGUGCAGAAAAUGAGAGUUAAUGAAAAUUAUUAAUUAUAAAAUGUUGGAGGAAAGGUACUGAGAAAAUUUAUUGACAUCUUUCAAAGGAUUGCAGUUUUUGAUGCAUUGACAUAGGAUACGUUAGAAAUCAUGGAAUUUGAGCCGUUUCUUUUAGAUCAAGGUCGAAAUAAAAUGGAUUAAUUGUUGACGCAUGUUUAUUAAAGUUCCGUGUUUCCAAAACGUCAUUCUAUCUUAUUUUAAGGAUUAAACAGCACAUUGUAGAAAAACACCAGUAGAAAUAUGGAUUAGAGAGACAUUCAGUGAUUUUUAUCGUUUUUGUUCUGUUUAUAUGGAACUUAAACAGGAUUGGUCCUGUCAGAACAACCGUUUGUUUACAAUUUUAACGACACAUGAAGCUUGACAAUGGAAUAAUUGCUUUUUGAAAGGAAAACAGAAGCUAAAAUGCACUAAAUUAUUUCAGAAACAAUUUUAUCAAGCAGUAAAAUAGUUAUUAUUUAACAUGAUUCACAUAUAGGUUACGUACAGUGAAAAAAAGUGAAAAACAGAAAAAGUAAAUUCAUCUGGUAGAUACGCAGAAAUUUAUUGGUCAUAUAAUCUGGCCGAAACUUAAACAAAGAUUUCAGAAUUUUAGCGAUGUCGAAUCGGAAUCUGUAGGUGGAUGUUGAUUUAUAAUGUCUUAUUUUGUGAAAAUGUUUUAGAAAUAUAUAUUCUUAAAGGAGAAAAAAUCGUGUCUUUUAAAGCUGCGAUUAAAGUUUUAAGUUAUUUGAAUUGUGACUAUGGAGUAUAUCAUUGCAUACAAGGAUGGUGCUGGACGUUCUAAUGGUUUUAAAUUGUGUAUAUGGCAAGAAAAAAUCUUCAAAAUGCGCGUGCAAAAUUAACAUGACAUGUUAACAAUUAAUAACAUUUUAAACAGGGAUUGUAAAAUAUUCACAUUUUCGAAAUAACUGAUUUUUUGGCGUUGUAAACCAUUGCGUUUGCAAUAAUGUAGAAAAGAGGAAACUGAAAAAGAAUUUUACAAUACAAAAAAAAAAUGCAACGAGGUUGUAAAAAUAUUUUUAUGCCAGCAAUUUAGAAACAGUAGAAAGAAAAUCUCUAUUCGUACCAAAAGUCAUAAAAAGAAAAAUGUUAGCAAACCUAGAGAAGCAUUGUCAGCCCACGUGACUUUCAGUAUGAUACGUCGUAAAUAAGAAUAAAGAUAUUGAAAAUAUGUUUGUCAGGAAAACGUGUUUCUAGUGAUAUUUUUGAUUUUUAAUAAAAUGGAAUAGAACCGUUCAAAGCUGGUUCAAUAGCCCCUCCUUUAUAUCCUACAUUACACGUAUAUAUAAGAAUUGAUGACAUAGCUGGUGCAUCAUAAAACAAAAUUCUAGGAUAUAACUAGCAUGUGAUUGUAGAAAUGGGAAUAGUUCCCAAUGAUUAUAAAAGCUGCUAAUAUAAGAUGGCGUGCUGAGUAUUUCUUGGGAGAGCAUUUUAUAUAUGUAAUAAAACGGACAUUAUUGCUAAGAUGGGAUCUUCUGAGAUCAUUAAUUUGUAUCAGACAAUAUCUUUGUAAUUUGAAGUUAACAUUGGAAAUAAUAAACACAUGUACACUAAAAUAAUAUACAUUCCUGAGACAAAUAGUAUAUGGAUAACAAUGUGUACAAUCAGGAACACCUAGUUAGUGUUUAUAAUUACUUUUUUUAAAUGGAAUGGUAAUAUAACUGACUUUUCUUAGAAUUAAGAUAUGCUUAGCAAAAUGUCGAAGUUAAUGUUGCAUAUACUUUAACAGCAAUAUGGCAUUAUACUAAAAAUAAAGGGCUGCUUCAGUGACACUUUUCAGCAACAUUCGCUGCAUACAAUGGAAAGACAAUAUAGGAUUGCAUUUAAGAAGAAAUAAAUCUGCAACGGAAAAGUAUAAACAGAUCUAGUAUUUUCAGGGAAUCUAAGUGAUUUUUUUCACGAAAUGAUUAGGAUUCAUUUAUAAGUACUGCGCCUUAUUUUGACCUUCACAUUCAAGAAAUUAUAUCAUUCAUAGGCGCCAGCUUAAUGAUUAUAAAUUUGUCUGUAAUAUUUUCAUAGCAGAAUACAACGGAAGAAAGAUUGUUAACGAAUGAAUCAGUAAUAAAAUAACGCGGUGGAAUUUACUAAUGUGGACGUAUUAAUUAUUCAAAUGCGUUGAAUUUGAAAACAACUGCCAUGACGUCGGGAAGUUCUGUGGAUGAUAUCUACCCUAAUUCCACUUCGAUUUAUCUCACGAAUACGGAUUUUGACUUUGAUAUAUUGUUCAAUCUCACCAAUACGUCAUCUUCGCCAGUGCAAAGGUCAGGACGGGAUUUAUGGCGGGAAAUUCCGCUUGGUAUUGUGUUAACGUUUCUGUGUCUCUUAACAACUGUUGGGAACGCCAUGGUCCUACAUGCAGUAAGAACUGAGCGGCGUCUCCAAUCAGUCAGCAACAUGUUCAUAGUGUCUUUGGCGAUCGCUGAUUUAAUUGUUGGACUCUUCGUUAUGCCAACCAGCACGGUCUAUAUUUUUACGGAAGACUGGCGAUUUGGCGUCGCUGUCUGCCAAAUAUGGAUUGGAAUAGAUUAUACAGCAAGCACUGCAUCGAUUCUGAAUCUUUUUAUAUUAAGUCUUGAUCGAUAUUGGUCCGUUACAUCACCAUUGAAAUAUAUCAGAAAAAGAACAAAGAAGCGAGCCGUACUCAUGAUAACAGGGGCGUGGCUCCUUUCAUCACUGUGGAUCAUUCCAAUUGCCGGAUGGCACCAUUUUUUUCACGGAGGAACAAGAACUGUACCACCCGAUGUAUGUGACACUGAGUAUGCGAAAAACAGCGCACUUAAAGUGAUAACAGCUUUCUUUAAUUUUUUUCUCCCUCUUGCUGUCAUGUACGCACUCUAUUUUAAAAUAUUUCAAGAGAUACGAAAACGUUCGGAAUUAGAACUAGGUCAAAGAAAUGUGAAAAGUUUAAAUUCUUACGUAUCCACAAUGACCUCAUGUCACGACGACAUUUCUUUCAGUGAUCAAAACUUAGAUACAGGAUCUGAAAAUAACAGUGUUAUUGACUCUUUACACGUAAAUAACUCAACAGGUGUGGAUGUGUAUCAAAUGACAAAUUUAAAGCCAAGACGGAAUUGUAAAAGUCAUUUUGUAACAAGGCUUUUAAAGAGCAACAAAAAACGUGAUAAAUCUAAAAAGGGUCAUAGAGAAAUACCAGAAAACGAAACUGACACUAAUUCAAAAAAGUGUAAGGUUGAAUACGUGUACGAUGAAAACGUUAUAGAUCAAGAGACUGAAAAGGUUGAACGAUAUUUUUAUGAAGAAUACACGUCAUCAAAACCAGCGCAGAAACCAAAUCAUAUUUUAGUAAGAAAUAGUAGUAACAUAUCAGGUGACCUUUCUGUGUCUUCACCAAGUACUCCAAUAAGCUCUUGCUCUAGUACGGAGGACAAACGAAUCAGAGCAAAAGAAAAAUAUUCUUUGAUGAGUGGACUUCGAAGAAUACGAGAGGCUGAAACCAUAAUUGAUACAACAGUUUCAGCAAGUUGUAAGAAAAACAAUACGCGGAACGCAUUUGUGUUUAGAGACGAGAGGAGUAGCAGACGACAAUCAAAUAUGUUUAAUAUCAAAAACCGAAUAAGAAACAUACGACAAAGUUCAGCUUUGACAAAGGAAAUCAAAGCGGCACGUCAACUUGGUGUUAUAAUGGGGGCGUUCACUUUGUGCUUUCUCCCAUACUUCAUCUUAUUCCUGGUUGUGGCUUUCUGUGAUGGUUGUAUUGAUCAAGGAUUAUUGUUAGCUAUGACCUGGGUUGGCUAUCUCAAUUCCACACUUAAUCCUUUUUUAUAUCCGCUCUGUAAUGCGAACUUUAGACGGAAAUUCCGAAUAAUGUUAGGAUUAAAAGCCAAGCGUGCACGAUAUAGAAACCGAGAUUGUUAUGACAGAAACAGUCUAACCACGGCGAGGUACGAUUGACGAUAACUCAGCCAUAUGGCAAGAAAAUUAGCAAAAGAAUAUGUUAUAAAAUGCUUUUUUUGUAGUCUUUGAGAGUAUCUCUAUUUUCUUACAAUUAUUUUAAAUUGUAUGAAAGGAGUGUGAAUGAUCUCUGUCAAAAAGUGGAUCCAACGCCUCUUAAAAUGGUGCUUUAACUAAUAAAGUUCGUACUGUGUGCAAGUAUGUUGAAAAUGUAACAUAAAAGUGUGUAUGAACAUUUAUUUUUACACUAUUUUUGUGAAAAAUCUACAACUCAGUUCGUAAAUAUGUAAAUAUGAUAAAAUUGCAUAUUACAAAUAUAUAUUUUAACUACUUUGGGAAAACGAGAGGCUGAAAUUUCUAAAGUAUACCAAUUAUUAUCUGAAAACAGAUGCUAACUAUGCGGCUAGUUAAUAACAUAACAACAAGCCAUUGGUAUGGUACAAAGUUUGAGUCCUUUGUUUUAGUACAAUGAAGUAAUGCGUCUGUAAUAUGAACUCAGUUUUGUAACUUUACUUAUUUCGAAGUCUGAAAUGCUAGUGUUAUCCCAAACAAAGUAGUUGUACAAUCCUGAAUAGAAAGCAUCAAUAGGAGAGAAAACAUUUUUAGACAUUUGUGCUAAAUUUGUUAAAUGCAUUUUUACGUAAUUUAAUAAACGCAUUCGCAAUUGAAAGCUGAUAUUUAUCAUCAAAGUUAUAAGUGAUAAAUAAUGGAGUUUGACGUUGUUAUACAUAUCUGUGUGCAAAAUGAAAAUUCAUGUAACAAUAAAUUUGUGUAAUGUUUUGAAUUGUUGGAGUUAGAUACUAAAGUCUGAUGAAUUAAACAGUUAUAAUGUUUUAAGAAGCCAUUAGAAGGUACUAUUGUUUCAAUAAUUGUGAAUAGUUGAUAAUUCUGUACAACACGAAAAAGUUAUUUGCUUACAGUUUUGCUGACAUAAUUAAACUUUUUAGCAUUGACAAAUACAGGAAGUGAAAUCCGCUAACAAUUAUGUGUAAAUUCAAUCUUCAUGUAGGAAACUGAUUUUAUUGGACGUUUAUAUGGUUUCUAUGGGUACUUUUCAAAUAUUUGUAUGUCAGUAAAUGUAUACCACAUGCCAAGCGUAUAAAACAGUUUCUGUUCAAACAACAUGUAACAAAUCGAUGUAAUAAAAGUCAUAUUUCAGAAGUUGGUACGAAACUUUUUUCCACUACUUGAAAAAAAUGUUGCAUUCCAGAAUGUUAAAUUCUUCAUAUUUAUAUAUUAUUUUUGCCUAAUUUUGUCACAUCAGAAUUUAGUCAUAUACAUUUAAGGUAGUUAAUCAGAUUUUUGCCAAACAAUGGAUUUGUUCGGAGCUUUAAACAAGUAACCAUUUACAUACUUUGCCUAUGGAAAGAUAUGAAUAUUAGAACUGUUGUGUUACAUUUGUCAAAGAUUUGCACUGACAAUUAUAUAUUACGCUGAAAGUCAAUGGAAAUGCAAGUUGUUAUUACCUCCCUUUAACUAUUUUGGUAGGUUGAAAAGCAAAGCUUGGUUGGAAAUAUCUACUCUUUUAAAAUAUGCCCUAAGGUUAAAAUUGUUGGAAGUGUCUUAUAGCACUUAGAGAGUGUUAUUCGUUGUUAAACACUGCUAUUGAUAAUGAAUACAAGAUAGAAAAUCUGGACUAAAAUGAAUUAUAUCAUAAACCUGAUAGCUGCAAUAAGAUACCAAACUAAAUUUCUUUAAUUUCUACUCUGUAUAAUGUUGUUUGGAACAUCUAAUGCAUCAAAAAUAAAUUGAUUUCUCUAAUUAUUCACAUGCCACUGUUGUAGGUUUACAUAAUGUAAUCACUGAAUAUUCGUGGAGUUUUAAAACAGAUAUAAACCGACCAUCUGUUAAGUGAAAAAGCUAUUUUACAAUUGUAAUUCAGAUUUGAUUCUCAAAAUUGACUGAAAGUUAAAGACACUUCUGCGACAAGUGAUAUCAAAGCCUGGUUAUUAUUGGAAUGUCAGUAUAAACUUUGUAAGAUUUGGGUCAUGGCAAUCUGCAGAUUUUGGUAAAAGAUAUACUCUGGUAUUGUUUUAAGAAAUAGGUCCACGAUUUAUUUAUUCUAUUUUACUCAAUUACAGGAAAUAAAUUGUGGUUAUUUUGUCGAAUUAAAUCUUGCUGCGGUAUUCGCUAUAUGGUAUUUUAUAAUGUCGCGAAAACGUUUGACAAAGUGUCAAGUAAAAAAUCUGACCACAUUUAUCUUACGUUGUACAAAUGAGUAACGUCAAAAAAGGAAAAUGGAAUGUUGCAUUUAAAGCAACGUUCAAGACUUGGUCUAACCUGGCAUACGUAAGCCAAGUGAGCAAAAGCAUGAGAAUUGAGCACCUACAUCGUCAAAAUAAAAACAAAUAUUUUUAACUAAGCUAGUCAGUAAGAUAUUAAAAUAUAUAUUUGACAAUAAUUUAAAAAGUUUAUUUUUUUCUCCAUAGUCUUGUCUAUGCAUCCCUAUAAAAUAAGCUGUUACUUGGCUACACGGUGGUAGAUAAUUCUUAUUGCGUGGAAUAUUGUUAAACGAAGUGGCAACGUCUUAAAAUUACAGAAACAAAUACUGUAAGUGUAGAAAUAUUCGCGGACAUCAAAUUUUCGCGAUAUUCGUAUUGAUCGACAGUCUGCGGAUUCAUGAAUACCGCUAUUGUUUCUACACAAAUUCUAUUAAAAAGUCAUUUUCGCGCAAAUAUGAACCAUCUCAAUCUAGUUUUUAAGAAU